UGCAGACACUUCAUGUUCAAGCAUUCAAAAGCCAAAAAGGAAAAACGUAGUUGAUCUGAGCGAGUUGAAGUUUGAAUGAUUCAAGCUUCUCAGGUCAAAGACGCACUUCAUCACAUCUUUGCUCCUAGAUUCCAGAACUCCCAGCACAGUUCAUUGCCCGCUCACAGCCUCACAACAAAUCCACUCCAGACGCUCAAAAUAGUCGUCUCGCAUCCUUGCACCUCAGCAGCAUCUCAGCAACGCGAAGUUUGCCAAGUUCGGCGCACUCGAUAGACCUCACAGAGCAUAGCCAGCCUACGUUUCUGGUCGGCUGCUGUGUCAGCAUACGCUCGCUCGCAUCCACACCGCGAGCCUCGCACCUCUCUUUUGCCCCCCUUCCGCAUAGAGACUGUCCUUCAUCGAUCGGCGCACCGCAGCCGCAAACGAUCGUAUAAUUCGCACCCGAGCAAGUCAUGAUUCCCACACUUCGACUAUUUUCGCGCACCACCUAUCAGGGUUCGCGAGGUAGCGGACCGGGACGGAGCGGCAAGACCACCUUUCGAUCCUCUCCCCACUCGCGCGCCACAGAGGUGGAAGCUCAACAAGCCGGUCGUAUCCUCAAACGAUCUCAACGAGGUCUGUACCACGGCUCUCUGAUCCAAUCCGGCAACAACGUUCCCAAUUCGCGUCAAAAGACGCGCAGAACCUGGUUGCCCAAUGUUCAGAGCAAGAACAACUUGUGGAGCGAAGUGCUGCAGAGGCACAUCUCCACUCGCAUCUCUAUCAAGGCUAUGAGGACGAUUGAAAAGUAUGGAGGAUUGGAUGCUUAUGUUGCCAACACCAAGGAUGCAUUGUUGGGUGAUUUUGGCAGGAGGUUGAGGGAGGAGAUGGGAGCUAGAGUGACGGCCAUCUGGACCUCUCAAGGCAAUACAGGUAUACCAUCCGGCAAGAUCAACUUCAAGAGCGCUUCCAGGAGUCGGAAAGAUGCGGCAAGGACAAAGGAGGAGCUCAAGACGGUGCAUGGCAAGUUGGGAUUCAUGGAACAGAGAGCUCUGGCAAGGUCUUCCCCCUCGGUCAAUGCGCAAUCGCUGGCCCUCAGAGCUAGGUCGUUGGGUUUGGCAAGAAUGCCUGGUAACGCUGGCCAACGUCAGACGAAGCUCGCUGCUGAACAGGACAUCGCGAGCGAGACGAGGGUGGACAAUGCCAGAGCCGACGCAGCAACGGAGCUCUGAGAAUUCAGAAGGACGGCGUGGCACCGUCAAUCGUUGGGAUCAGGGGAAUGGCGGCGCAUCAUCUGUACGACGAGGUGCCCUUCUUCUUUGCUCGUGCGAUGGACGCUUGCUUCUCUGCGAUACGUGACCGAGUGUGCGCCGGUAUGCUGGGCAGAACGGUCGCACUGGACUCUCCCAUCUCUCGAUCCCUAGACAGCGCGGCAUCGCGGCGUACGUACUCCAACAAUUCGAAUGCCCUAGCCCUUGUAUCAACAAACCUCACGCAAUGCACCAAUCGCAGCGCCCCACGCUCUCACGAAGUGCUCAAAAUCGGGUGUGCUGACCGAGAUGGAGUCGACUUCACACUUUCACACUCGCAUGCGCGGGAAUUAGAGGAUGAAAUUUGGUCGGCAGUGUCAAUGUAGCAAGAAUGUACUAGCAAGCGUGGGCAAAGUUGGUGACAAAACGACCAAAAGCUACAACUGCGC